GAGGUGUCUCCGCAGCCGCUGUCAUCUUCACCCCAGUCUUCUCAGCGCACCUCACCGAUGCAAGUGACAGAUUUUCGGUCUUCAAGCUCUUUACUCGACAGAAAGACUGCGAUCGGGUCACUGAGGCACGCAUUCUCGGAACCAAUUGCGUCGUUGGGGCCAAGACUAGAGAGGGCAGAAUAUCCCAUGCGGCAUCAAAGAACCACGGGCGCCGUCUAGCGAUAUUACCGCCCGUGCCCCGCCAUAUAAGGGCCCACGACAAAUUCGUUGUCCCCCCACCCGUCUUUCUCUCGCACUUCGAGGCUUCCGUUUUCUACCCCAUCUCCUUCACCGGCUAGUUCACUCUUCGCCUAGGCUGUGCCUCAUUUGCCCCACUAUCCUUCAUCUAUCGCAUUCCUUUGCCGCUACACACUCCUUCCACUACACACAAUGCAGUUCAAGUUCUUCACCGUCCUCGCGCUUGCCGCCACCGCCUUCGCUGCCCCCGUGACCGUCGAGAAGCGUUCGGCUCGUACCUUUGCCCAGCUGACCAUCUCCGGUGGAGUGGGCGGUAACGCGCUGGCGGAGGCCAAGGCCAAGUUCCCCGCAGGCAACUUGUCCGCGACUCAGGUCCAGGACUUCAACACUGAGGCCCACUGCGCCGUCCUGGCCGAGUCGGCCUUCGUCGCCGCCGGCAAGUCCAGCGCGAUCAGCGUUGGCUUGACCAAGAACAAGGUGCUUAAGAUCUGGGGCACCAUCGUCGCUCUCCAGGGCCAAAUCCAGAAGAGCGGUGGCAAGGCCUCUUCUUCGCAGACCGCCCACCUCAACGAGCUGCAAACCAAGCUCGGUGUCAACGUUGCGAUCGACCAGAAGAACGCUGGCAAAGCCAGCAAGACUGUCUCCUUCAACUGCUAAGUGGAUGCAGGUAGCCGUUUGCGAUCUAUUUUCUCCUCCAUUUUCUGGCACCAUAGUAGUACAAAGUUCAGAAAGCCGAGACGGAGCACACAGGAGCACGUUGUACAGUACAUACAGCUGCUCUUCAAUGCAUGGGUCAUACAACAGAACGAAUGACGUCUGGAUCGUCGACGGGAAUCGACGCACUGGCGUUCAUCCCUCGUGCUUCAGUGCUAGCGCUGGCGCAGUACCCCUCAUGAGCACACGACAGUCACUCUGGCACAUCUUUCAAUCUUGACGGUGGACACAAGCACGGGAACGGCAAUAUAGCAUAUGUGAAAGAGAGCAUAGACAUAACA